GACCGCCUCAGCCUUCAGGUCCCCUCCUCCUCCUCCGACAGUGUAAUAUCCUCCCCGCCGUUGACUUUUUGCAACCAGCUUGUCGGAACAAAUCGUCGGCGUUUUCACAAAAUCAACGAUUCCGUUUUUCUUCUCACACUACCGAGCUUUUGCGACCUUUGCUACCGAGGCACAAAGGACAAGGCAGCGCAACCAACAAUACAGAACAGCCGACGACGCAAGGUCCAAGCUGCUGACGACGAUUCCCCCAUUUCAGUGCCCCACACGCCCCAACUGCUGCUGCAGCUCCAGCGUCCAGCGUUCCGCUGCUCAGACCUCCGAACCUGGCCCAACUCCUCUUUCGACAAUCAACACCUAGUCCUCUGCUCUUAGUAGUAAUUCCCUCCCAUCCACCCCCCCAAACAAAACAAAAUAAUCACCCGACGGCCUCUUCAACCGACACGAGGACAUUGACGACGACGACGACGACCGACGAUCCGACCAUUGCCGGCCAUGUCCUCCGCCCCCUUCAGGGUCAAGGCCCUGUUCGAAUACUCGUCGCCCCACGAGGAUGACCUUCAAUUCCCCGCCGGCGUCAUCAUCACCGUCACCGACGAGGAGGACGCCGACUGGUACAGCGGCGAGUACGUCGACGACGCAGGCGCCAAGCACCAGGGCAUCUUCCCUCGCAACUUUGUCGAAAAGAUCGAACCUCAGGCCCCGCCUCGCCCGACGAGAACCCGCCCCAAAAAGGAUCCCGAGCUCACAUCCCCCGUGUCGGAUGCGCCCGCCCCGGUUUCUCAACUCGAUCCCCGGCCCGUUCAAGAACCUCACCGCGAUGUCGAGCGCACCGAGCCCAAGGCGCCAGCUGCCCUUCCCGCCUCCCCUGAAUCACCCGCAGCUCCCGAGCCCGAGCCCGCGAAGGCACCUGAGCCCAUUCACGAUCCCACCCCGGUAGCUUCGGCUCCAGCCAGCAAGUCCAGCGAGCCCCCCGCAGCGACGUCGCCCCCCAUUGCCAAAUCAUCGCCUGCCCCUGCUGCGAAGCCCGGCCCACCGCCCAAGCCCUCCAGCAACGCCUUCAAAGAUCGCAUUGCUGCUUUCAACAAGGCCUCGGCCGCCCCGAUUGCCCCCUUUAAGCCCAGCGGCCUGGCUCAGGGCUCCUACCACAUCAAGAAGCCCUUUGUGGCCCCGCCUCCCAGCCGUAAUGCAUAUGUGCCCCCGCCCUCCCAGGCCCCGGUGGCCAAGGUCUAUCGCAGAGACGAAGACCCCGAGAUCCUGGAAAGAGAGGCCGAGAACCAAGAGAGCGCAGAGAGGGCCGGUAUGGCCCCGGGGGGGGCUGCUGGCGACGAGGGCGAAGAUACCCCGAAGCCCACCAGUCUUAAGGAGCGCAUCGCCCUUCUGCAGAGGCAGCAGCAGGAGCAAGCCCAGCGCCAUGCAGAUGCCGCCGCGAAGAAGGAAAAGACAAAGCGCCCUCCGCCCAAGAAGCGCACCGACAGCCAGGAAGCCUCCGAGGACGUCGGCCCUGCUGCUUCUGCUACUGCUGCUGAUACUCCCGUCGCUACGCCCGAGAUCGACGCCGACGAGGCAGCGGGCAGGAGCUCGGUGGAUUCCCCGCGCGUGCCGUCCGCGCCCCGUCGCAAGUCCUCUCGGGGUCCUGCUGCUGAGGCUUAUCACGAUGGAAACGAGGCUGACAUGUCUGGUGCUGGUGACACCGAGGGGCCUGAGGAUCUCACGGAACGCGACGACAGCGAUGCGGGCCCGCGUCCUGUUCCCCGACCCCAAGUUGCAUCCCCCGUCGAGCAAAGAAGGGAAGAUGACCAAAUUGAAGAGGAUGCCGAGGAUGCAGAGGAGGAGGACGACGACGACAUUGACCCCGAGGUCCGCCGAAAGGAGGAGCUUCGAGCUAGAAUGGCCAAAAUGAGUGGUGGUAUGGGUAUGCACGGCAUGUUUGGAAUCCCAAUGGGUGCCCCAGCCAUUCCGAAGAAGAAGAAGACGGCCGACCGUCCGGUCGAGGUCUCGCCGACGGACGAACGUGAUGAGGAAGCGACGUCACCCGUUAGCCGUGUCCCUGUUCCGGGCAUGAUGGCCUUGCCGGGCAUGGGCGCACCCCGACGUCAAGAGGAGCAGGCUGCCGCCGACGAACCUGAGCCUCCAACAUCGCCAAGGGCGCCGCCUCCCCCUCCGCGAACGGUCGAGGGAGACAAUGCCGACGAUGAGCCACUCGCGAGCCCUCCUCCCAAUCUUUCUGCCCGUGAGCCUUCUGGCGCUCCUCCCGUCCCCGGGACCCGGCCUGCACCGCCGCCCGUACCUGCUGAAUCUCGACCCCCUCCUGUCCCUCCUACCUCUGGACUCAAGUCACCUAGUGAAGGCUCCGAAUCCGACGAUGAGCUGUCAGGCGGCGCUCAGGACACCCCCAGGGCCGAAGAAGCGCGCGCGCCGCCGCCGCUACCACCGGUUGCAACAUCGGUUCGCUCGGCCCCUCCUAUCCCUGGCUCUGAGUUUUCCCCGAUUUCACCUACCAGCUCUACGAACAAGCGUAUGAGCAGGGUGCCACCCCCUAUUCCUGGAGCUGCUCCUCCAAUUCCUACAGCUCAGUCGCGACCACCCCCUCCCCCGCCCCCCGGGGGACCCUUGAGCCGUCAGUCUACCCAGGAUAUGCACAUCGCUUCACCCAUCUCCCCUCCCGUCAGACCACCGCCGCAGGGUGAGGAUGAUGACGAGGUGACCGAGUACGAGGGCGACUACGACACCGACAUUGCGUCGUCGGUUCCCCACAAGGACGCACUCAAGUCUCACGCGCGAGACUCCAGCCUUGACGACAACACACCGGUGAGGUCACCGAUCUCUGAUGCCCCUCCCACCCUGCCGCCGCCCAUCCCGACCGGCCCUCCACCUAGAGCCGCUCCGCCACCGGUGCCGAUGCAGGCACCGCCCUCGGAAAAGCGUCGUUCCGUUGAUGUUCCGCGGGCAGCGCCGCCGCCGCCUCCAUCGGCCAGAGACGACGACGAAUACGAUCCGUACAACUAUUCCUCCCCAAAAGUGCCUUUCUCUCAGCGUACCCCGAAGAUCGAGGAGGAAGGAUAUUUCCACCAGGACACUCCGCCUUUGCCGUCGCCCUCGCUCACGAGAGCCCCGCCUCCCGCCCCGCCCCCCGCCCCUCCCGGAGGCCGAGCGCGUCAGUCUUUGGAUGUCUCCCGAGCAUCCAUGUCGCAACGGCGCUCCAUGGAUGCACACAGGCCAUCCGUAUCUGCAGAGUCCGGCUUCAUCGCCAAUGACAUUGAUCUGGCCAAGCAGAGUGGGUGGUGGCGCCAGGACAAGACGGUGCCCCCGGUGUUCCAGGGCAGACGAGACCUUUACUACGAGACGGACGAUUCGACGUCGGGCUCUCACGUCACACGCACCAUCUACGUACUCUUCCAAGACUACUCGCAGACGAUCAUCACUGUCGAAUACGACCAGAACAGUGCAGCAGACGUGAUGCUCGACCAGCGACACGACCCACCUCCGAGAGCGCUGCGUCAAGACGAGCUUGAGCAGUCGUAUGAGCGGUUCGGACGGCCGAUUUCCGAAGCGGUCACGUCCAAGAAGGAAACGGUUGUAGGCGACGGGACGCCGCAGGGCCUUGUCCAAGAGCUCUUGAAGCCAUUUAACGAUGCUCUCGCGCCCAUUGGGUCCAGAGCGUAUGGCGCGCUCGUCUAUUCCAACAUGGCCAACGCCUCGACGCAACAAAAUGAUCAGAUCCGGCCCGGAGACAUCAUUUCCAUUCGCAACGCUCGAUUCCAGGGCAAGCACGGUCCCAUGCACGCCAAGUACUCAAUGGAGGUGGGCAAGCCCGACCACGUCGCCGUCGUGUCGGAGUGGGACGGGACCAAGAAGAAGGUCCGCGCCUGGGAGCAGGGUCGCGAGAGCAAGAAGGUCAAGGUCGAGAGUUUUAAGCUCGACGACCUGCGUAGCGGCGAGGUUAAGAUCUGGCGCGUGAUGCCCCGGAGCUGGGUCGGGUGGAACAGCCCGUCGUCUUAGGAGACGUGCUGGCAGCUGCCGCUGAGCAGGAAAACGACGGAGAGCUCAAGGAGCUCCAAAAGCUCGCUUGAGAGGACGCGGUCGUCGCGUCGGAGGCACCGUCUGGUGAUGGGAGCCCACAGGUACGACGGGUCGGUGUGAUGAUGAUGAUGCAUUUGUUGCGCGUUCCCGGGAGGAUGGGGGAGAUGAGAGACUACCGGCGCCUUUGUUCCUCGUCUCGCUCGUCCUCGUGUCCAUCCGUUCGCUACACGCCCGUAGCAUAGUUUCUUUUGCCUUAGCUACCCUAGCAGCAACGCAUUGAUUGUUACAAAUUAUUUUCAACUUCUUUUGGUCACGCUAGUCUUUGCAAACUGUUGUCGUCGCCUGCGUCAUCUCUGGGUACCUGCAAUGGAUGCAACAGCCACUCGGUGCUCGCCAGAUUAAGUGAGGGGUCUAAGUAUGUCGGCCUUCAUGUCCGUGGAACGAAAGUUUAUCAGAUCCGUAAUUUAUAUGUCCUGCGGUUAAACAUCAUUCGUCACCAUAGCACAUCACUACGCUGCGUAAAGACCAGGAACCCAAUAUGAACGUGAAGGGGGGAGGGCGUGCUGAACACUAUUGGUUUCUCGCCCAACAAGAUCCUCGAUCGAGGUACGUCUUCCAGGUUGUAAGAAGGGCUCCAACCCAACCGCUUUCAUACAAGGAAACCCUACAGAGGCAGCCCUGCGUCUCGCAGCUCGUUCUGGUGGGAAACAGACCAGACGCAUUGACAUAAUCCGGGCUCCUCACAAUGGAGACGGAAACCUCAUCAUCGCCGGCCUCGGAUAGACGAAUGUGUGGAUACAUCCCGCCCAACCCCCCCCCAGCACGGCAUGUGGUCGUGCAUAUAAACCAAGUCAGAUUUCAGUUAAGCAUUAGCAUAUAUCCAACGCUGGGAGAGGGAGGGGGUAGGGGUGGUCACUUCUUAGAAGCCAAACCAGCCCGCAUUACCAUAUUCUCUACUACACCCGUCCAUCUCAAUGAUCCCACAAAUGCCAUGAGACCGCCGUCAAACGGUUGCAAAAGACACCUCGUCGCCUCUUCAGGGGCAGUUGACCCAAUGGCAGAACACUUGAUCCCAAGUGGCGAGAUGAUCCUCAGCUCUCCCCUAUCAUCCUGCCCCUUCACCAACCGCCCCUCCACCUCUAACGCGCAGCCGUCAUCCCAUCUCAUAUCAUGCCAUGUCAUGCCAUCCUAUCCUAUGUCAUCCCAUUCUCCAAACC